GUAGCGAAAUCUUAGAUUUUAAGGCAAGUAGACCAAAUAUCUUUAGAAAAAUGUUGCUCGCGCCGCCGAAGAGAGGAUGUCCUAGUCCUUACAACGACACAAUGGAGAAGAGAAUAAAACGAAUUUCAAUAGAAGGCAACAUUGCCGCGGGCAAAUCAACAUUUGUGCGCCUUUUGGAAGAACAGAGCAAAGACUGGGAAGUAGUGCCUGAACCCAUCGCUAGGUGGUGCAAUGUACAAACCGAAAACAGUGAUUUUGAGGAGCUGACCACAUCCCAGAAAAGCGGUGGUAAUGUCCUGCAGAUGAUGUACGAGAAGCCAGAGAGGUGGGCCUACACCUUCCAGACCUACGCCUGUAUGAGCAGGGUGCGUGCUCAGAUGAAAUCCACUAAUGGAAAGCUCAGAGAGGCAGAUAACCCAGUGCAGUUCUUUGAGCGGUCCGUCUACAGUGACAGGUACAUCUUUGCCGCAAACCUGUAUGAGAGUGAGUGUCUGAACGAGACUGAGUGGUCCAUCUACCAGGACUGGCACGGCUGGCUCCACAGGCAGUUUGGAAAACACAUCCAAUUGGACGGUAUCAUCUACCUCCGAGUUGCACCGGAGACAUGCAUGGAGAGGCUUCGUUUGAGAGGCAGAGAAGAAGAGCAAGGCAUUCCUCUGGAAUACCUGGAGAAACUCCAUUUCAAACACGAGAGCUGGCUGCAGCACAAAACUAUGCGUAUGGAGUACCAGUAUCUGAACGAUGUGCCCAUUUUGACGCUGGACGUUAACGAAGAUUUCAAAGUGGACAAGGUCAAGUGUGCCGACAUGAUAGAGAAGGUCAAAGAGUUUCUGAGUACCUUGUGAACAUCAGCCGAUGACCAUCACAGCCUGCACUGAAGAGGAGCCAGAAGUGAAGAGACGUGGAAUUUGUCAAAACAAGUGUCACUGUCUGUCUGUAAUAAAUCGUGUAAAUUCUUUUUUUAUACUUAGCAUUUAAAAUGCUUUUAAAAAAAAAACAACAACAUCUAGCUGCAUGUGUACUUCAAGGAUUUUGUAUAAGUUUGUUUUACGCAUGAAGUGUUAUUUAUCAAUGGGGGACCUAGAAUAUGUCAUCGACUGGGGUGUUUUGUGAUCACCUGAAAUAAAUUAGCAUUAUU